GGCAGACAGCAGAGCUCCAGAGAGCAAAGUAGCACAGCAAGCUCGUUAUACAGAACGAGCAGAGCAACUCCACCAAGAGAGAGAAGAGAGUUUGUGCAGAAAGUGAAUCGUGAGAGAUUUUUUUUCCUUCAUGUUUGUAAAAAGGAGAACACUAGUCUGAAAGUCCCCGUCUGAAGCAGUGCAAGAUCAUGCCUGUGAAACGAAGAUACUCUGGAGCCAGCCUGGCAGAGGCAUGCAUCCGAAUACUGCUCCUGUGCGAGGCUGCCUUCAGCGGGUAUGCAACCGCGUGCCCCGCACUUUGCACUUGCAGUGGUACCACAGUGGAUUGCCAUGGGCUGGGGCUCAAAACCAUGCCCAGGAAUGUGCCCCGAAACACAGAGAGACUGGAGCUGAAUGGAAACAACCUCACACGCAUCAACAGGAAUGACUUUUCUGGACUCAAGUACCUGCGAGUUUUGCAGCUCAUGGAGAACCAGAUCGGAACUGUGGAGCGUGGCGCGUUUGAUGACAUGAGAGAGUUGGAGAGACUCCGUCUGAACAGGAAUCGACUUCACCAGCUUCCAGAGCUUCUGUUUCAGAAGAAUGCGGCUCUGUCAAGACUAGACUUGAGUGAAAACCUCAUCCAGGCAAUUCCUCGAAAGGCUUUCCGUGGAGCCACGGACAUCAAGAACCUUCAGUUGGACAAGAAUCACAUCAGUUGCAUUGAGGACGGAGCUUUCCGUGCAUUACGCGGUCUGGAAGUUCUAACGCUGAACAACAACAACAUCAGCAGCAUUCCAGUGUCGAGUUUCAAUCACAUGCCCAAGCUGAGGACCUUCCGUUUGCAUUCCAAUAACCUGAACUGUGGCUGUCAUCUUGCCUGGCUGUCCCAGUGGCUGCGGGAGCGGCCAACCAUCGGUCUGUUCACCCAGUGCAGCUCACCAGCUCACCUGCGAGGACUCAAUGUAGCCGAGGUCCAGAAGCAUGAGUUCACCUGUUCAGGCCAGUCUGAAAAUGCUGCUAAGUCAUGUAGUAUUGCCGCUGGGUCGUGUCCGGCCGUCUGCACCUGCAGUAAUAAUAUUGUGGAUUGCAGAGGGAAAGGACUGACAGCGAUUCCUGCCAACCUGCCCGACAGCAUGGCAGAGAUACGACUGGAACAGAACGGAAUCAAGUCGGUCCCUCCUGGAGCGUUCUCUCCUUACAAGAAGCUGCGUAGAAUAGAUCUGAGCAACAACCAGAUUUCUGAGAUUGCGCCUGAUGCCUUCCAAGGCCUUCGUUCCCUCAAUUCACUGGUUUUGUACGGGAACAAGAUCACUGAUCUGCCCAGAGGAAUAUUUGAUGGACUCUACACCCUACAGCUGCUCCUUUUGAAUGCAAACAAGAUCCACUGUCUUCGUGCCAACACAUUUCAGGACCUGCAGAACCUCUCACUGCUUUCUUUAUAUGACAACAAAAUCCAGACAUUGGCCAAAGGCACUUUCACCUCACUGCGUGCAAUCCAGACCCUUCAUUUGGCCCAGAAUCCUUUCAUCUGUGAUUGUAAUCUCAAGUGGUUGGCUGAUUACCUGCGCUCCAACCCCAUAGAGACCAGCGGCGCCCGAUGCACAAGUCCGCGCCGCCUCACAAACAAACGCAUCGGCCAGAUCAAGAGCAAGAAGUUCCGCUGUUCUACCAAAGAGCAGUAUGUUAUCCCAGGAACAGAAGACAACAGACUAAAUAAUGACUGUAAUAAUGACCCAGUCUGCCCAGCCAAAUGCCGCUGUGAGUCUAACGUGGUGGACUGCUCGAACCUGCGACUAAGCCGAAUCCCUGAGCACAUCCCAGCGUCCACCACUGAACUUCGCCUCAACAAUAAUGAGAUCACAAGUAUUGAAGCCACGGGUGUAUUCAAGACGCUUUCACACCUUAAGAAAAUAAACCUUAGCAACAAUAAGAUCUCUGAGAUAGAUGACAGAGCGUUUGAGGGGGCGUCUUCUGUCAGCGAACUACACCUGACGGCUAACCAGCUAGACUCAGUGCACAGUGCCAUGUUCAGAGGUCUGGACGGCCUGCGGAUGCUAAUGCUGCGAAACAAUCGGAUCCGCUGCAUUCACAACAACAGUUUCACUGGCUUACACAAUGUCCGCCUGCUGUCCCUCUACGACAACACGUUGACGACCAUCCCUCCCGGAGCCUUCGACACGCUUCAGAGCCUCUCGACCUUAAACCUUCUUGCCAACCCCUUCAACUGUAACUGUCAGCUGGCAUGGCUGAGCAACUGGCUGAGGAAUCGCAAGAUCGUCACAGGAAACCCGCGCUGCCAGCGGCCAGCGUUCCUCAAGGAGAUUCCCCUGCAGGACGUGGCAUUACCUGAUUUCCGCUGUGAAGAAGGUCGUGAGGAAGUGAGCUGUACUCCACCCGUCCAGUGUCCCAGCGAGUGUACCUGUCUGGAGACGGUGGUGCGCUGUAGCAACAAACAUCUACAGGUCUUACCCAAAGGCAUUCCUCGCAACGUCACAGAGCUGUACCUGGAUGGAAACCAGUUCAGCAUUGUGCCGAAGGAGCUCUUCACCUUCAAAAAUCUGCAGCUGGUAGAUCUGAGUAACAACAAAAUCAGCACCUUGACUAAUUCAUCGUUUGCCAACAUGAGUCAACUUACUACCUUGAUUCUGAGCUAUAAUGCUCUUCGUUGUAUCCCGACUCUUGCCUUCGGGGGUCUUCGAUCUCUCCGUUUGCUGUCUCUGCAUGGUAAUGACAUCUCAGAGCUGCCUGACGGGAUCUUCAAUGAUGCUGCAUCACUGUCACAUCUGGCGAUUGGGGCAAACCCUUUAUACUGUGAUUGCCGACUGCGUUGGCUCUCUGAUUGGGUGAAAACUGGUUAUAAGGAGCCUGGCAUUGCUCGCUGUGUCGGCCCACAUGGCAUGGAGGGCAAAUUACUGCUAACCACCCCUGCCAAGAGGUUUGAAUGUCAAGGUGAGGCAGACACUGCUAUACUAGCAAAGUGUAAUCCAUGCAUGUCUAAUCCGUGUCUGAACCAUGGCACCUGUGUGACACAUCAGGCAGAAGGCUACAGCUGCAGCUGUUUAGAGGGUUAUAAGGGCAAGAACUGUAAAACAGUGCUGAACGCUUGUGUCAGUGAGCCCUGUAAGAAUGGAGGAACAUGUCACAUGUCUGAAGAAGAGUAUGAAAGCUAUAGCUGUGCCUGUGCUGCAGGCUUUGAAGGUCCCACGUGUGAGACAGACGUUGAUGAGUGUAAAGAUAAUGAAUGUCAGAAUGGAGCGACCUGCAUAGAUGGCCUCAACAAUUACACCUGUUUAUGUGCCCCUUUUUACACAGGGGAGAUGUGUGAGGAGAUGGAGGACAUGUGUGCUCCUGGCCGCAGUCCCUGCAAACAUCAGUCCACCUGCUUCGUCACAGUCACUGGCCCAAAGUGUAUCUGCGCACCCGGUUUUGUGGGUGAUGACUGCAGUGUGAAGUACGAUGACUGUAAGGAACAUAGGUGCCAGAACGGGGCAGAGUGUGUGGAUGAGGUCAAUGGAUAUUCCUGCGUUUGCCCAAAGGGCUAUAGUGGACAGCUUUGUGAAGUGCCAUCUACUCCGCUCUCUGCCUGUGAUCUGGCUGACUGUCAAAACAAAGCACACUGUGUGGAGUGGGGUGGCCAUCCACUGUGUCAGUGCCUGGCAGGAUUUGGUGGGCCACGAUGCGAAAAGUUGGUCAGUGUCAAUUUUGUGGACAGAGAUUCAUACCUGCUGCUCAGUGACCUGAAGAACUGGCCUCAGGCCAACAUCACUCUACAGGUGUCCACAGCAGAAGACAAUGGCAUACUUCUGUACAAUGGAGACAAUGACCACAUUGCUGUGGAGCUUCAUGAAGGUCAUGUUAAAGUCAGCUAUGACCCUGGAAGCCAACCAGGUCAUGCAAUCUACAGCACUGAGACCAUCAAUGAUGGGCAGUUCCACACCGUAGAACUGGUGACCUUUAACCAGAUGGUGAACCUUUCCAUAGAUGGUGGCAUACCAACAACCAUGGACAGCUUUGGCCAAGUGCAACCCUUGAGGGGGGAGGCUCCAUUAUACGUGGGGGGUAUGCCGGUCGAUGUCCACCCCACUGCACCCCGUGUAUGGCAGGUCCAAAACGGCUCCAGCUUCCAUGGCUGUAUUCAGAACCUUUACAUCAAUAAUGAGCUACAAGACUUUACUAAAACCCAGAUGAAACCUGGUGUGGUACCCGGGUGUGAGCCCUGCCGAAAGAUAUAUUGCCUUCAUGGCAUUUGCCAACCAAAUGGUCCCAUGGGCCCAGUUUGCCACUGUCAGACUGGGUGGAGUGGGCAACACUGCGACCAGCCAGCAAAUCCCUGCGUGGGCAACAAGUGUGUCCACGGGAAGUGUAUUCCAGUGGACAUGCAGUCAUACCACUGCGAAUGUCAGGAAGGUUUUCAUGGUUCCCUGUGCAACCAACAGGAAGAACUCUUUAACCCAUGCAGAAAGCUACAAUGCAAACAUGGUCACUGUCAGAUAUCCGAUUCAGGAGAUGCCUACUGUCAUUGUGAGGUCGGCUACAGUGGAGAGUUAUGUGACAAGGUGUCCGAAUGCCAUGGGGAGCCAGUGCGAGACUUCUACCAGGUGCAGCGUGGCUAUGCCAUCUGCCAGACCACACGCAUGGUGUCAUGGGUGGAGUGCAGCGGUGCCUGUGACACAGGCUCAUGCUGCACUAGCCAAAGGAUGAAACACAGGAAAUACACUUUUGAGUGUAGCGAUGGCACUUCCUUUAGUGAGGAGGUUGAAAAGACCAUCAAGUGUGGCUGUGUGGGGUGCAUGUAGAACCCAAACACUAGCAUCACUACCCCAUCACAGUCUGAUAGAGCUGCAGAAAGAGCCAUCACAAAUAAGAGAGUCAACAGAAUUUAAUAUCAUAAAUAUCUUUCAUUGGGUAUACAGACACCCCAACAUUUUGCCUGAAAUUUCAACCCCUUUUUUUCCUUUCACAUGGUCUCAGAAAGAUAAAAUAAAAUCAACUGUGCUGACAAGAAGGUGAGGAAGAUGGCCUCUGGCUUGUUUGCAAAAAGCAGGACAGUAAUGAACUAGUAGAGGAGAAUGAUGGUCUUUUUGCCCUCUCUGCUUUGCAGGACAUCUAUUUGUGCAGAUGAGGCUCAUGGUGAUGAAAGAAACAUCAAUAUUUGCACCAUGCCAGAAAAAUGUGAUAUACUGUAUAUGUGGGAGAAUUCCUCAACUACAUACAAAAACAUGCUGGUAAAAUAGAACAUGUUAAACCAGUAUAGAAAGAGUCAUGGAAUCACAUGCUGUCCUACCGGAUAUUUAUUACAAAUCUUUUGAAUUUAGACUGAAAGCAGAGUGUAAUGGGUGUUACAAGGGACCUCUGCAUGUGUCCCUGCCUCAGUUCCACUACAAAUAUGGAAUCAUUUAUGAACUACUUUGGGGUCAGAAAUACCCAGCAGCCUUUCAUUAAAGGUGCAAAGAGCUCCUGAUGCUCCUGGAAGGAAAGUUCUUUACAAUAUUUCGAAUUUUAGUAGAUAUAGAUAGUAAAAAAUGAGGUAAAACAAAGGAUUCUUUUAUUUGAUUGUCACUGAUCUGUUCCAUGGUGUUUAUCAUUCCAUUACUUCAAAUAGAGAACUAUAGAAUGUAAGAGAGAGCUGAAAUCGAAGCGGUAGACAGAUCUCCUCAAACAAUAAUUUGCUAAGAUGCAUGCUCAUUGUCAUGUCUGUAUUGUGGUUUAUAUUAGUUCUGCUGAGCAGAAAAUAGAAUGGCCCUAAUGAAAACACUGCUGUAAAUGUAAUGCCACUGCUAUUUUCAGAGUUGUGUUGGUGUUGAAACUGUAUAAGGGGUAAAAUAUAUCUAUGGGUUAUGACCACAACACUGUAUACGACUCUUAGAAGUGACCAUUUUCCCGUCCAUUGUAAUGAGUUCCCCUUUUCACGCUGUAAGAAUGCAGAAUAUGAAGUUCUCUUGUUAAUACCUACAGUAUUACCUCUGCAAAUUGCUGCAUUCACGAAAGGUUUGCAAAUUGACAUGGCAACCUCCAAGAAUUGUUGAAUAAGUUAAGACACAAAGAAGUGCAGUUUGGAUUUCAUCUAAUUAUGGUGGUUGUUUGUUUUUGCUUUGAUUUCAUUUUCCUAACUCCCUAGACCUUCACUUUAUACAGAAAUGCUUAACAGAUUCUAAUAUAUAUUUGUAUUUCAUUUUUGGUAUAGUAUUUUUAUAUGUUAAAGAAUACAUUUGUGUUUUCAGGAUUUUACUGUCAAACAGCAGUGUGACGUUUGGUUUUUAUUUGGUCAUUUAAUUCACUUGCUUAUACAGGCUACAGUGUUUUGUAACUGGCCAAAAAGCAUAGAUAAUUAUUAGCCUAUUAGCCUUAUUUUAAUAGGAGCCAGUGUCCAUUGUUUUGGAAGAGGUUUUUUAUAUUGUAAAUGUUGUCUUCCAUGUGAAUACUACAUUUCAUUCAUUUGAAAUAUCUGUGAUUUUGUCAUUUAUUUAUUUGAAGACCUUUCCAGAUAUAAAGCUUAAUUUUCAUUUAUGAAUAAUGAUUUUGAGUUAUGAAUAAAAUAGGAAAAAGUCAUUGUUACGGGGCAAUUGAGAUAGCAGUUUAAGGAGGUGAUUUGGGACAACGUACACAGCCUGAAAUUUCAAGCAUUUAAGCUUUAGGUGCUGGGAAAGAAAGUUCAAAGUUCAUAUAAUCACUAAAUGUGAUCAUUGCAGUGCUGAUACAUCAUUGGAAAGGGUUUGCAGGCUUUCUCUAAAGAUUUUUAUGGUCUCAGCUAAUCCUGUACCAGAGUCACAAACACCCUCUAGUCGAACAUUUAUUGUGAAAGAAGCUGUCUCUGUUCCAUACAGAACAUGCAAGAGCUUUUGAUGUUUAUCUUAAAAUGUUGCAUUUGUAUGACUUCAGGAUUUAUAGUUGACUAACUGCAGUUGAUCAGAAUGUAAGUAGCACCUCCAAAAUGUUUACUGAACCUCCUUUUCAUUCAUUAAAAUGUGUGAUUGUAUGUGUGUAACUGUCUAUGCCUGGUUUAUCAAAACCACAAUACAUUUUCAUUUAUUUAAUCGAAUAAUAAAAUAAUUGAAUAAUUACAGUAUCACAAGACUCACUAAAAGCUGCUCUGUGCUGUUUUCCCAAAAGCUGAAGUGCGUUAUUUAUCAGGUAACAUUUCAGCACUUCAUAAACAGACAGCACCCAUUAAGUAGAAUGUGAUGCGCAUCAUGGCACGUUCAUGUUGUGUUUUUUUUUUUUUAAACAGAAAAUGUUUGAAACCUCACGCAUGGAAAAUGCUCUUCAGAGCUAUAAUCCAUCUUAAUCGGGAAAUGCUCAAAACUCAAUAAAGCUCAAGACAAAAAAGACAUUUUCAAAUCUUUCAAAUCAAUACAAAUCUAAACAAUUUAUCAAUAAUUGCCAAGAAAAAUGCAUAAAGCUUAGAACAAGUUAAUUUACAUUUUUAUCCUUUUUCCAUUUACACAAACCAAAACCCAUAAAUAUCUAUCAUUGUGGUAAAUUAUUCAAGUCUGGUAUAUGGUGAGUAAUCUACAUUUUAGUUAGUUUAAAAAAAUCAAAGUAUAUUAAAAUAAUGCAAUUAUGAAACAUAGAUUAAGCAGACAAUGGAAGAAAAUCAUUAAAACAUUCCAGCUCUUACGGUUAUCACUCGUUGAAGUUAAUUACAUUAAAUUGAAUAACACUUCAGUACAAACUCGAGACUUUUCUUGUCUCCUUGAGUUUAUCCACAAAACACAUCGAAUCCAGCCCCUUGUUAAUGCUUGAUUAAUCUCAUUGCUCUGAACACAUUACUGUAAUUGCAUAGUCUUGAAAGUUUGUGGAUUAAAACAGAAAUAUCUUGUAAUUUCAAAGAUAAUGUCUUAACAUUUGGUUGUUUUUGUAUGUUUGAUCCCAUAACCCAUAAAUUAUUUCUCCCCACAGAUGACCCACUUGAGAAAUAAACAUGAUAUAAACUUGCUAUGCAUCCAUAUCUACCAUCUGAAUGGAAUGAACAAAAUGAAAUUGCAAACCACACCAAAAUGCAAAUAAUUUAAAUGUGCGUGCUCUUAAAAAAAAAAAAACAAUCAAAACAGGUAUACUACUAAUAAAUAAGAAAUUGCAAUACAAUUAAGGAGCACUCAGGGAUAAGCUGUAUACAUAUGAAAAUUAAGAAUGUGAUUAUGGCUUUUUUUAUUUAUAUCUAUGUGCAAAAGUAAUGAGGCAACCUCAAUUAGUGAUA